GUUGCCGCGGUAACCGUAGUCAACGGAGGCCUCGGGCAGGUGCUGCGAAGAGAGGAGUAAGAGAGGAGCUGCGGUCCGGGCCUUCGAGGAAAUGAAGGAACCAGAUGAUCAGGAUACCGAUGGGGAGAAAUCAGGUAGAUCAAAGAGUGAUGGGAAGCAUUCUCUGAGGUCUAAAUCGGAAUCAAGAUCUCCUGUUAAAGAAGAUAACAAAUUUUUAGAAGAUGCCACAGAUAAAACAUUGACUGAAGGGGAAGAAUCAGAAGAAGACUCAGAUGAGGAACAUUUGGAAGGAAGUUUGAGUACAUAUCAGUAUGAAGAUUUGCAAAGCACUACAGUAUCUCAGCAACCCCCUGCUCCAGCUGUGGAAGAGGCAGAAGAGGAAGUUAAAAAGAAAAUAUCAGAGAGUUUCUUCUAUGAUUAUAUGGAGCUUGCUUCGAUGCCUUUUGUGACUCAGGAUUCAGACAUACCGCUGGAUCUUCUCACACUCGUACAUUCUUUUGGUUAUGACUGCAGAAAGCGAGCCAACCUGCAACUUCUGGAUGACAGUAUCGCAGUGUACAUAGCUGGGAACCAAGUGAUCUUUCUGCAUUUGAAAACCAAGGAACAGGUCUACCUGCGAAGUAGCAGUGGUGAAGGAAUUGGCAUUAUUGGGGUUCAUCCACAUAAAACUUACUUCACAGUAGCUGAAAAAGGGAGUUUUCCAAAUAUUAUCAUCUAUGAAUUUCCAUCUCUGAGACCCUACAGAAUCCUUCGAGAUGGGACUGAGAAGGGAUAUGCUUAUGUGGACUUUAACUACAGCGGUACCUUGCUGGCCUCUGUUGGUAGCAACCCAGACUACACACUGACUAUCUGGAAUUGGAAAGAAGAACAACCCAUACUGAGGACAAAGGCUUUUUCUCAGGAAGUUUUUAAGGUUACUUUCAAUCCUGAUAAUGAAGAGCAGCUUACUACAUCGGGAUCAGGCCACAUCAAGUUCUGGGAAAUGGCUUUUACAUUCACAGGUCUCAAGCUGCAGGGAUCACUAGGUCGAUUUGGCAAAACAACCACUACUGAUAUAGAGGGCUACAUGGAGCUUCCAGAUGGGAAGGUGCUCUCAGGGUCAGAAUGGGGUAACAUGCUGCUUUGGGAAAGUGGUCUGAUCAAAGUGGAGCUCUGUCGAGGUACAAGCAAGUCAUGUCACAAUGGUCCUAUUAACCAGAUAAUGCUGUAUGAGGGUGAAGUUAUCACUGUUGGGUCAGAUGGAUUUGUUAGGAUAUGGGAUUUUGAGACAAUAGACACUGCUGAUAUAAUAGAUGAGACUGGAUUGUUGGAGAUAGAGCCUAUUAAUGAACUUCAAGUAGACAAGAAUGUGAAACUCUUCUCUAUGAUAAAAAUGAGUGAAACUGGAAAUAACUUUUGGUUGGCUCAGGAUGCCAAUGGAGCCAUAUGGAAGCUUGACCUCAGUUUUUCAAAUAUUACCCAGGACCCAGAAUGCCUCUUCUCCUUCCAUUCUGGAGCUAUUGAAGCCGUGGCUGUUUCUCCUCUCACUUACCUCAUGGCCACAACUGCCUUGGACUGCUCUGUUCGAAUCUAUGAUUUUGCCAGCAAAAUUCCUUUGACUCAGAUGAAAUUCAAACAAGGAGGUACUGCCCUUGUUUGGGUACCCCGAAUGGUAAGCUAUACUGGAGCACAAAUUAUUGUAGGAUUUGAAGAUGGAGUUGUUCGACUUCUUGAACUUUAUGAUCCAAAAGGGCUCACAGUUUUUGCAGGACGGAAGAAAAUUUUGGAUGCUGAUAUUCAGUUGAAACAGGUUUUCAAACCCCAUACUGCUUGUGUCACUGCUUUAGCUUAUGAGCGUGAUGGAGAAAUUCUAGCUACAGGGAGUAAAGAUCAAACUGUUUUCUUCUUUGAAGUGGAAAAUGAUUAUAAGCCAAUUGGUUAUAUUAAUACUCCUGGACCUGUGUGUCAGUUAACGUGGUCUCCUUUCUCUCAUCCUGAAAGUACUUUACUAAUUUUCUGUGAAAAUGGCUAUAUUCUUGAAGCUCCAUUUCCAACCAUACAGCAAGAAGUAGAUGAUCGUGAUGUAAUUUCCUAUGAAAUCAAAGACAUGUGCAUAAAAUGUUUUCAUUUCUCAAGUGUCAAAUCUAAGAUUCUGAGAUUAAUAGAAAUUGAAAAGAGAGAGAAACAAAAGAAGUUGAAGGAGAAAAUAAGGGAAGAAAGGAGGAAUAAGCUAGCGGCAGAGAUGGGAGAAGAUGGAGAAAAAGAAUUUCAGAAAGAGGAAGAGGAGGAGGAGGAGGAGGAAGAGCCAUUACCUGAAAUCUUUAUUCCAUUAACCCCCUCUCGCAUCCUCUGUGGAUUUUACUCAGAGCCAGGGAAGUUCUGGGUUUCUUUGGGUGACUAUGAUUCUGGUUUUCUGUAUCACUGUGAGUUCCCCCCUUGUGAUGAAAGCAAUAAUUUCGAAGAACAAAAAGAUGAACCUUUUGAUGUUCGUUAUCUUGAGAAUACAGAUGAUAAUCCCAUCCAAACUAUCACUUUCAACAUUAACAAAAUUAUGAUGUUUUGUGGAAUGAAAAAUGGAGCAAUUCGAGUCUAUGUCCUAAAUGAGAAUGAUCCUUCAUUGACCAGUUUGGUGAACUAUUGGCACUUCAAUAUGCAUGACAAUAACUAUGGAUGUAUUAAAAGUAUUGCUAGUAGCUUUGAUGAUCGUUUCUUGGUGACUACUGGAGGAGAUGGUAAUAUCUUUGUUUUCAACAUUUUUUCUGAAUUUAUGCUAAGGAAAGGCAUCAAGGCCAAGGUGCCAUCUCCCAGGUUUGGAAUUGAAACAGAGCCGAUUCCAGAAGACAUUGAAGAUCCCAAAGCCUACAGUAUUGAGAAUGCUAGGAGAAAAAGAGAACAUGACAAAUUAAUGAAAGAAGUGGAAGAAAUAAAGGCAAGGAAGAGAGAGCAAAUCAAAGCUUUGAGGAAUGAAUUUUGUAAACUAUUAAAAAUGAAUGAAGAAUUACCAAAGCAUAUGCAGUUUAAACGAACAGAUUUUGAUGUAGAUUCCAGAAUCCGUGAUGAGAUAAACAGAAAAACAGCUUUCAAAAUUCAACAAGUAGAAAAGGAAUUAGCUUGGGAAAAAGAGAAACAUGAACUCGGCCUAAUGAAGCUAAAGAAUCGAUUUCGUGAUCCUUUGGAAAGUGAUACUAUUGUGGUUCAUGCCAUACAAAGUGACCACAAGAUAACCUCUUACAGGCUGGUGCAGCCCUCUAAGUACUCCAAAUUCAGACGAGCAAGUCAGUCAGAGAGAAGACCAAGCAAACUGGACAGGUUUGAAAAAGAGGGAACUGGAAGAAAGGACAGCCAGAGAGAUGCAGGUGAGAGUGUUACUGCACAAGAAGAAUCAAUAAUAGAAAAAGGGAAGAAAUUUCGGCCUAAAACUCUAAGUGAAAUUAUGGUGAAAAAUCAAAUCGAGAAAACGAGAAAACUUAUAUUAAAAGCUGAAAGAGCACAACUGAAGAUUCAACAGCGAAAAAAAGAAUGGGAGGAACUAUACAAGAGUAAACCUGAUGAUGACUUUGAAGAUCCCAAAGAUCUUCAAGCCAUCAAAGAAGCCCAGGUGUGUAUGGGAGAUUUCAAUCUGAAGACAGCCCCAGACUACAAGAUACCUGAGCACAUGAGAAUAAAUGCCGCCAAGAAGGAAGAGGAACUAGGACACCUAGAUUCUUUGGUCCAUGGAAAGAAAAGGCAUAUGAACAAGUGCAUCCUCUCUCUUAGAGACCUUAAAGUGGCUGUUGUAGAGGAAAUACAGUGCCUGGUACAAGAACUGAAGAACAUUCAGUCAACUCUUCAUGUAUCCAAGCACAUACCUAUUCCCAAAAUUCCUCAGAUACACCCAGAAGAAGUUCCAGAAAAGAGAUUUCAGUAUGAUGAAGAAACUCUCCUAAAUUUUGAGCGACAGCGUAUGAAAAGUAUAGAUGCAAAGUCCCCCCAAGUGGAGCAGACAGGGUCUGGAGGCCCAGGUGGAGGAUUCCUCAAGCUCUCUUCUGGAAAGAAUGGGGAUUUGACAACCCGAGAUUCAAUAUCUAGGUCAUCAAGGGCAUCUACACUCAGCCUAGAUAUACCAAAGUUUAUGGAAUUUGAAAAGGCAGAGCCAACGGAUGUGGAGCUGGAAAUUAUGAAGAGGGAUGAGAUUAAACAUGUGUACAUGCAACAGUAUUUGGUCAACAGGAUCAAAGAACUGAUUGUCACUUUUGAUGCAGAACUCCGUCUUCUUAGACAUCAGAAACUGAAACUAGAUAUUCAGAUGAAAUUAUCUGACCUGCACCACGUCACCUUAUUUCAAGAAAUGCUUCUCCUGAAGAAUUUUGAAAAGCAAGAGAACAUACUUCAAGAGCGUGUUAAUUCCUUAGACAAAGAGGAACAGUACAUGCAAUGGAAAAUAAACGAAACUCUUAAAGAGAUGGAAGAGAAAAAGAAUGAAAUCGCCAAACUCCAGGAGCAAGAAAAGGCACUCUACGCUGGUUUUCAAACAGCCAUUGGAGAAAACAAUAAAUUUGCAAACUUCCUCAUGAAGGUUCUAAAAAAGAAGAUUAAACGGGUAAAGAAAAAAGAGGCUGAAGGAGAUGCUGAUGAAGAUGAGGAAAGUGAGGAAUCAAGUGAAGAAGAAUCUAGCUUGGAGAGUGAUGAGGAUGAGUCUGGAUCUGAAGAUGAGGUUUUUGAUGAUUCUAUUUGCCCAUCAAAUUGUGAUGUGACCCUUUUUGAGCUGGCCCUUCAACUUCGAGAGAAAAGGCUGGACAUUGAGGAGGCUUUAGUUGAAGAAAAGAAAAUUGUUGAUAACCUCAAAAAGGAAUAUGAGACAUUGUCAAAAAAAGUGAAAAUUGUGGCAGCUAAUCUGAAUGCAGCAGAGGAAGCCCUGGAGGCUUAUCAGCGAGAGAAGCAGCAGCGGCUGAAUGAACUGCUGGUUGUGAUUCCGCUCAAGCUCCACCAGAUAGAGUAUGUGGUAUUUGGAGAAAUACCUAGUGAUCUUUCUGGGACUUUGGUCUUCUCUAACCAUGCCUUGAGACGGCUGCAAGAACGAAUCCAUGAGCUCCAGGAGGAAAAUGCCAAGCAGCAAAAACUUAACAAAGAAUGGAGAGAGAGACGCAAACAGCUCAUCCGAGAAAAGAAAGAAAUGACAAAAGCCAUACAGAAAAUGGAGGAGACAGUGCGUCAACUCAUGAUCAGCAAGUUUGGCCGUGUGGUAAACCUAGAAGCCCUUCAGACACUUUCUGUUAAUACAACACUUGAAGAACUAAAGAUCAGAAAACUUCGAAAGGAGCUUGCGAAUGCGAAGGAGAUGAAGAUGUGGGAGCAAAAAAUUGCUCAAAUGCGAUGGGAGCUGAUGAUGAAGACAAAAGAACACACCAGAAAGCUUUAUCAGAUGAAUGAUUUGUGUAUUGAAAAGAAGAAACUUGAUUCUCGGUUGAAUACGCUACAGAAUCAGCAGGGCAAUGCCUUCCAGGGCCCUCGAGAAGCAGAUACUGUGGCAAGAGAGGAGGUCACUGAACUGAUCCAACUCCAGGCGGAAAGGAUUUCAGCCUUAAAGGAAGAGAUUGCUCUUUUGCGUAGGAAAGGCGGCCUUAUCCUCCCACCCAUUCAGUCUCCACACGAGAAUGAGAUGUAGCCCAUGGACCUCUGAGUUUGCUGUUUUCGCAAACCCAUGCAAGAUUUCUCACAUAACUCACUCAGAGUUCUGUCUCCUUGUCACCUGCAACAAUCUUAUCAUUUUAAAGUGAUUUUAAAGUAUUUUGUCUGAAAGUCUAAAACCAGAUCCAGUCAUGUAGCUUUAAGAAUCUCUCUACAAUUUGAUUAUCUUAGAACCAACUGCAGCACCCAACCUCUGUUGUAGAAUGGAAUCAUUUCAGAUGUUUGGAACCUUCUAGAUUGAAUAGGAAGCCUCAGAAAGCUGUGUCUCAUCAUUGCAGCAAAACAUCUGUCAUGUAUUUUGUUUUAGGAAAAUUCGAUUUGGGGGUAUGCUGAAUUUUUAGCCAUUGGCAAGAAAAACUAUCAUUCAGCAAUUAAUGAGAAAACUUUGUUUUCUUGAUCCUUAGAAAAUAAACUUAGAUGUUUUUAAGUGUACUCUGAGAGAAUGCAGAAGAAAAAGACAUUUUGCCAAUGAUAUCUUAGAAUAGAAAUGCAAAUUUCAGUUUUGGCAUGGUAGACUUCAUAAAGCAGUUAUUUGAGGGUUCAGGAUUCAGGAAAUACAGACAGACAUGGCACAGCAGUUUGCUUUGGGUUGGCAGAAAGCAGGAAAAUAACCAGCCUUCUUGGCUUGCCCACAAUUUUUGUAGGCUCCUCGGAUCUGAGUGGAGCAGAGGAGCAAACUUUAUAAAACGGUCAACAAGGAGGCUUUUCUCUAAAGCUUUCUGCAACUCCAUCAGAAUUCUAAGUUUUCCCUAAAGUUUCUCAUGUCCUCUGCCAUUUUCUUUCAGCUUUUACUUGGGUCAUUUGCUGGGUUUGAUACAGAGGAGGAGAUAAUGAAAUAGAUUUAGAUUUAGAGAUCAUCUUUAACAAUCACUUUUGAUUACUCAUAACAUUUUAAGCUAAUGUAAGAGUAUCCUUUUGGUUGGGGAGUAGGUUCUCAUUGAGGCUUAUGGCUGUAACCGUUGAAGGAUAAUCUCACUGACAUUUGGGGUCCUGUUAGUAACAGCAUAGCUCGUUAGAUUAAGAGCUCUGUAUUAAUGAGUUACUCAGUUGAGGCUAUCCCAGGGUAAGUUGGUCACUGAGAAGGGCGGGUGAAGAAGGCAACUUUGAAUAAAUGUACCAGGGAGCUCAGCAAUGCCAAGUCUUCCUCAUCUGUGAUUAGCCUGUUAAUCUCCCCCCAAAAUUAGAAACAGGACUUGCUUUCUUUGUACAUCAGAAUGUUCUUAGAGGUGUCCUAUUGUCUUCCUAAGAUUCUUUCAUAUUCCUAUUUAAGAGGUCAGAAUACUUCAUUGUUUGCAUUUGUCACCAUUAAUUUCUGAUGCAGUCACUUCUCUACUGGACAGCACCCACUUUUUAAAAAAAUCACUUUCUGUGUUGUAUAUCCUAAACCAUGUGUGCCUUUCAAGUAUUUUUUAAAGUAUGCUAGUCAUA